AUGGCAGACCUUGUUUCCGCUGGUAUAAACGAAAUACUGAGGAGUAUGCCGCCAAAGUUAGACAAGGCUUGCAUUUUCAAGGUACCUAAUUUUCUUCGUCAGGUAAAUCAAAAGGCCUACGAACCACAGGUACUUGCAAUCGGUCCGUAUCAUGACCAUGGUAGCGAUCACUUCAAAGCAAUGGAAGCGCAUAAGAUUCACUAUCUUCAAAUGCUCCUUAAUGAAAGGGAGGAGAAUGAUGUUUCCAAGUAUGUUACCAAAAUGAGAGAAUUAGAAGAAAGAGCUCGCCAAUGUUAUGCGGAACCUGUAAGUCUUGGCACAGAUGAUUUUGUUAAAAUGAUGCUCCUUGAUGGCUGUUUUAUUGUUCAGCUAAUUCGCAUGAAAUCAGACAGAAAACUGAGGGAUCCUAAUGACUUCAUCUUCAAGGUCGGAAGUUUUUCUAACACCGUCUGUUUGGAUAUGCUAUUAGUUGAAAAUCAACUUCCUUUCUUUGUUCUUUGGGAAUUGUUCAGUAUGAUUGAGAUUUGUGGUCAAGAUUUAUUCAAGAAAAAGGUUUUCGAGCUCUUCAGCAUUAUAUUUCCACGAAAACAGCGCCCAAUAGGAUAUUGGAAGUCUAUUGAAGAAACCCAUCAUCUGUUAGACUUCAAACAUUACUGCAUGUAUCAUGAUCCCACCAACUCCUACAAAAAAAUGAAACAAAGCUAUCCUCCUUGGAAUUUAAUACGUUGUGCCACGGUGCUCGAUGAGGCUGGAAUGAAGUUCAAAAUGGACGAGGGAAAUAGCUUGUUCGAUAUAAGGUUUGGACAUGGGACUAUUAAAAUCCCUCUCGUCAUUGUAGAAGACGGUACGGAAUGUCUCUUCCGAAAUCUCAUUGCCUUUGAGCAGCUCCACCCAUACGCAACUCUACAUCAUGUCACUGAUUUGAUUGUAUUUAUGGACUUCCUUAUUGACACUGCAAAAGAUGUGGAAAUACUUCGUCAACAUGGAAUCCUUCAGAACAUGUUGGGUGACAACGGAGAAGUUGCCACCAUGUUUAAUAGACUUGGAAAGCAGGUCGUUGUGUCUCCUGAUUUCUGCUACGGUCAAGUACUCAACCAAAUGAACGAGUAUUGCGAUAGAUACCGACGUUGGAAUAAAUUUAUUGCUUACUUGAAGCGUAAUUAUUUUAACAGUCCAUGGGCGCCACUCGUUUCCGUUGUAGCUGCUUUUGUACUUCUCCUACUUGCCGUGCUGCAAACUUUGUAUUCUAUUCUCUCCUACACAAAACAAGAUGUCCAGCAAUAUUGA